AUGGCAACAAAUUCAAAAGAUAUGGGAAGGGGUGAAGACAUGCACGUUUAUCCUGUGAAUCUCAGAUUCCCACUUCAUGAUAAAGAGAGACUUGAAAAAUGGUUGCGGAAUAUGAAGCGAGAUGCAUGGACUCCAAGUAAGCACCAACUUCUGUGCAGCGAUCAUUUUACACCCGAUUCCCUUGACGUGCGGUGGGGUAUACGAUACUUGAAACACACUGCUGUACCAACAAUUUUCUCUUCCCCAGAUGAUAAGGAAAAAGAUGCUUCUCAGAAGACCCCGCAAGAGACAAAGAGAGAAAGCCUGGGAGACACAAAUGUAGACUCACAAAAGGAAUCUCUAUCACUUGAACCUUGUACACCAAAGAAAAAUCCUAUAAUUGCAGAAAAUGUAGUUGAAAAAGCAGAAGUAGUUUGCUCAACUGCAUUGAGUGAACCUUUACAAAUUCAGAAGCUACAGCUUCAAACCGGAGAGGACUUUCAGGCAGACUGUAUCAUUCUUGAUAAUUCAUCUAAGCAGCAUAUACAUCAAUCCAAUCCUGUUUUAAUGGCAGCAGCACUUCAGACCAUGAAAGCUACCAGUGUUCAUACUUCCAUAGAGGAUCCGGUAGGUUGUACAGCUACAGUCUUGCAAUUUACAGGCCCUGAAUACUUGAAUUCAUCUCUGAAACUGAAAAAUGCUUUAGGUUCAAUUACUGACUAUGCAGUUGAAAAUCCCAGCUCUCAUGUUGUAGGCUGUUCUGUUGAAGUACAGCCGACGGGUGAAAACACAGUUUUACUGAGUACAGUCACACAAGCCAUUGAACAGUUCAGUGGAAGUGAGGAAUCUGUCAUUGCUAUCAUUGUGCCAGCCCAGAGUCCAGAAGAGCCUGAAAUAGUUAACAGUUCCUUCCUGCCUAUUAAGCAAGAGUUUCUUGACACAGAAGAGACGGAAGCAGAUAAAUCUGCGUAUAUGAAUACAUACAGUGGAAGUGAAGUGUUACAAACUGAGCAUUCAUACUGCAAACAAGACAUAGACAGAGAUCACCUUUGGCAAAAAAUUUCAAAGCUCCACUCGAAGAUCACUCUACUUGAAAUGCAGGAGAUAAAGACUUUGGGGAGACUCAGGUCCUUGGAAGCACUUAUCGGACAAUUGAAGCAAGAAAACCUGCUUUCCGAAGAAAAGCUGAAGAUUGUAGAAAACUACUUUACAACACUUGAAGUGACUAUGAUACAGUAAAGGCUUUCAGUGGUUGUUCUAAAAUACCUUUUUAGCCUCAUUGACUGUUCAUACAAAUUUUGUUUCAGUCAUGGUGCUUUGAACAUCUAAUGCAAAUUGUGUGAAUAGCAAAUAUUCUGUAAAAUGGUACAUCAACCACUACCAAAGCUAGGUUGUAGAUUAUU